ACAUAAAUGAUACAACAUAAACAAGCGUCUGUUUAAGUCCUAUAUUCAUUUCUUCAAGUAGAAGUCCUCGAUGAUCAACUUAAUAAUGCCACGAUGUUUUCGUAUGUUUUAAUUGGUCUUGCUAUUCUGUUAGCAUAUAAUCCAAUCAUCCAAUAUCUCUCACCGCAACCUUCUCGUCUCCCUCGGACUCCUCGGCCUCGCAUCAAUGAAUCACUACUUGCCAUCGAUGCGACAAACCAAACUGCGCCAGAUUGUCCUCCGCAUUCCUAUUCAGUUCAUAUACUUUCAAAGGCACCAAUCGUGAUCUACAUUGAGAACUUCCUCUCGGAAGAUGAGCGGUCUCAUUUACUAGACAUCAGCGAGCCGUUGUUCGAGCCCUCGACAAUAACCCACGACGGCGACUCAACGCAGCGGGACGCCACGAUCCGCGACUCCGAGGUCGCGCUGAUCCCUCGCACCGAUCCUGUGCGGUGUAUCGAGGCCCGUGCCCGGGCCAUCCAGGGCUGGCGUACCGACCUGUGGAUCGAACGGCUGCGCACCCAGCGGUACGGCUCUACCCAGCACUACGCGCACCACUUCGACUGGGGCUCGGGCGCCCUCGGUUGGGGCCGCGCUACGAGCUUCAUGGCUUGGGUCCAGGCUGAUGCUGUUGAGGGCGGUGGCACGGAGUUCCCCCUGCUUUGGCGCGAUGCCCCGGGGGAGAGUUGGUGUCGGUGGGUUGAGUGUGCUGGGGAUGGGGGGAGGGAUGGAGAGCCGGUUUUGGGGGUUACGUUUAAGCCCGUUGCUGGCAAUGCGGUGUAUUGGGAGAACUUCCGCCCUGAUGGCACCGGGAGGGGGUGGGAUGAGACGUGGCAUGCGGGUUUACCAGUGAUUAAGGGAACGAAGGUUGGUCUGAAUAUAUGGAGUUGGGGCAGGCUCAGUUAGAAGAGAUUUUAACUAGGGUUUAUUCCGUUCUGUCGCCUUGAAGGGUGGUUAUACAAAAACUCCAAGAUUGGAGACUCGUGUGACCAUACUUCCCGCUUACCCGAGACCGUGGGUUUUCUAUAGAUGGUUUGCAUCUCUUAUUGGCGUCCCGGGCGUUCUGUGCAACCAACCUAGACUAUAAAGCUGUCACUGAUGACUUCAAAGUCUCUGGUUACAUAUGAACGUCCAUGGAUGCUAUCAGCGGGUAAGGACCUCACUAAAUAUAACUAUAUCGCCAAGCUAAAGGCAAAAUUGCAAUUGAACUUUAAGUGGG